AUGACCAUGAAGGCUGUCCGCAACAACACCGAAAGAACCAACGCCGUCAAAACCACCAUUCAAAUCUUCACCACGUCAAACAUCACUUCCUCGACCAUCAACAACAGCAACAUUAUUAUCGCCACCACCACCACCACCACCACCACCACCACCACCACCACCACCACCACCACCACCACCAUCACCACCUCACUGCAAGAGGUGAAUGACCUUCAAGUAGCAAGGCGUUGA